CAGUGUUGCCAGGGAGACGACUCAAAACACCAGGCGCAGUUUCACAGCAAUGGCCACAAGUGUCCCGACUGUGCCUGGACAAAACUCACUCCAGCGGCUGAACGCGGUCCUGUGAAGACCGUGAGAGGCGUUGUACUCUUUCAGACCGCCCGUGUGAGAAUUAAACGCACAUUUUCAGACAGCUGGAUUACAAUAAACUGGAAUAACGGCUUCUUACCCAAACCCGUUCUGCUUGCUAUCAUUGAAGUGGAUGACAGAUCACAGAAGGAACAUAAAGAACUCCAUCCUCCACUGGCGUGCUAUGGCCUCUGAUUUGGACAGUGUCAACAUCAGUGCCUCGUAACACUCGAGCAGGUUUCAGAAAACACUGAGGUGGUUUGAGCUGUACUCUGCUGCAGCAGGCAUGAUCACGUCCCACAUGAACGGUUAUGUGCAAGAGGCCUGUGGUCAGGCCAAGGGCCACAGGGAGAGGGCAGUGGACUGUCCAGGGGAGGAAAGUAGCCUUGUCAAAUCCCCAAAGUGCAGUGCUCAUAUGGAGAGGAUCCAGCACUACCAAGAAGAGCUGAGGAAGAGAAGAGAGGAGGACAGCAGGGGGAAGCUCGACAUCGACCCCAAUGCUUCACUGAGACUCAAGAAGCUGUCACAGAACCCCAAGGUGGGCAUUGACAAUCCCACCUUCGAGGAGAAGGAAAAGGCCACCAAAGACACAUGCCCCCAGGAUCCUGUAGCUGAACUGGAGGAGUUGCGGCAGGCUCUGAAGUGGGCACAGCAUUGCCUGACUGAUGCGCAGAGCCAGCAGGAUGUGGAGCUGAUAAUGCAACUCCUUGCCAAGCAGGACUUCAGGAAUGCCUACAGCGUGUACGGUGCUGUAUCCCAGCAGAGGAACAGAGUCAGUCCCAACUCACCCAUCACAGUCCAGGCAGAGGAUCUCUGCCAGGAGGUGCAGAAGAUUCUCCAGUCCAGCCAACAGAAGGAGGGCUUGGAGCUCAGGGCUCUGCUCACCAAUCCUCAUCUCAAGGCACUGAUGCAGGCCCAUGACAGUGUGGCAGUGCAGGAAAUGGCAGAGGAAAAUGUGACCCAGCACCUUGGAGAGACAGUUAAACUGGUGCGGUUGGAAAAGACCCUCGACACUCCACUGGGCGCGACAGUGCGUAACGACGUGGACAGCGUGGUUGUGAGUCGCGUGGUAAAAGGCGGAGCAGCGGAGAGUAGCGGCCUGCUGAGUGAGGGAGACGAGAUCCUGGAGAUCAACGGGAUUCCUAUUCGUGGGAAACACAUCAAUGAAGUCCACGACUUGCUGCAACAAAUGCAUGGCACGCUGACCUUCCUCCUCAUCCCGAGCUCUCAGAUUAAACCUGCCCCACACAGACAGACUGUGAUGCAUGUACGAGCUUACUUUGACUACGACCCCUCUGAUGACCCCUUCCUGCCGUGUCGGGAGCUCGGCCUGUCCUUCCAGAAGGGAGACAUCCUCCACAUCAUCAGCCAGGAUGACCCCAACUGGUGGCAGGCCUACAGGGACGGAGAUGAGGACAACCAGCCCCUGGCUGGACUCGUUCCAGGCAAAAGCUUCCAGCAACAGAGAGAGACCUUGAAGAAAACAAUAACAGACAGGAGUCGAGAGCAGCACCAAGGGAAGCUUUGGUAUGCAAAGAAGGGCAAGAAACAAAGAAAGAAGAGCAUGUCUAACUUGAGCAAGAAUACUGACUACGAUGACAUCCUGACCUAUGAGGAGAUGUCGCUGUAUCACCAGCCUGCCAGUCGGAAACGCCCCAUCGCUCUGAUUGGUCCUACAAACAGUGGACACGAUGAGCUGCGCCGCAGGCUUCUGUCCAUCGAACCUGAAAAGUUUGCCGUUGCUGUUCCGCACACAACCAGAAACGCAAGGAUACAUGAGCGGAACGGGCGCGAGUACCACUUUGUGACUCGGCAAGCCUUUGAAACCGACUUGGCCAGCGGGAAGUUCAUCGAGUUUGGGGAAUAUGAGAAGAACUUGUACGGCACCAGCACAGACUCGGUUCGACACGUCAUCAACUCUGGACGCAUCUGUUUGCUUUGUCUCCACACCAGAUCACUGCAGGUCUUGAGGUCCUCCAACCUCAAGCCUUAUGUCAUCUUCAUCGCACCUCCUUCUCAGGAACGACUGCGCACCCUGCUGGCUGCAGAGGGGAAAACACCAAAGCCUGAAGAGCUUAAGAAGGUUAUUGAAAAGGCUCGCGAGAUGGAGCACAACCACGGCCACUUCUUUGACGCCACCAUUGUGAACAUGGAUCCAGAACAGGCUUUCCACGAGCUGCGCAGGCUGAUAGACAAGCUGGACACUGAGCCACAGUGGGUCCCCACCUCUUGGUUGUGUUAGAGGUCACAGGGGCCCACGGCAGGGAGCCUCAGGGUAGAAGGAGGUAAACAGAAGAACAAAUGAAUGAGACUGAAGAUUGAAAAAAAAAAAGAUAAAAUGAAGGAUGGACAGUGCUGAUUGACACUGGAUUUUCACUUGCACAUUCCCCUCGUUUACAGAGGUGAUCUUUAGCACAUGUUGCAGGGAUGAACUCAAGUUUCUUAUAUUUCUUUUUGUUGGAGUGUGAGUAUGUGUGUGUGUGUGUGUGUGUGUGUGUUUGUGGCUGAUUUUUUUCUGUUUGUUUCAAGAAGGUUCAGCUUUAUGCAGAGUCAUUUAUCAGAUAGAAAUAUUUCUAUCCUAUUCUUCAUAGUUAUUUAUAAUUGUAAAUUUGUAUUUUCUAGACCAAAGGUUUACUUUAUUCUUACAUUUGUGUGUGUUUGUGUAUGAUAUACAAACAGUACAUUCAACUAUGAGUGUUGAAAAAAACAAAAUGGCCUCCUGAUAAAGGAAGCACCAAACAGAAGAGAAGCACUUGUGCUUAAAGUGGCUGCAGUGUUAACGUCUUCCAAUGAGAAAUGCCGAGGAACCAUCUGCUGUAACCUCCGGUUUUUGAGUACUUCCUCUACACCAGUGUCAGUAUUAUUUUAUGUAGUCUCACAUCUCAUUUACACUGUGAUAACAGACCUCAGAACACAGGUAUUUUCUCUAGCCAGUGAUCAUUACUGUGAUGAAAAGUACUGCUGAGAUUGUUUAUUUUUACCAGUAUUCUAAGAACAAAACAUCUUACGACUUAGAGUAACUCCAACAGUCUUGCUGCUUUGCAGGGUACUUAAGUCAGCACACUUUUCUGCUAAAGUAUUAAUAAAAUCAGAUACAUAUGUGAACAAGUGAUGUACUUCCUGAAUGCAGCGAUUUCACCUUGUAAUCUCUUGUUACAGAAUUGGUGUUACAACAAAAGUGGAGUAAAUCAACUUUUGCAAAGUCCUGCACUGACUAAAAAUACUGUGUUAAAUGUAGCAUUCGGGUGCAAGAUGGCUGCCAUUCCUCACCUACCUGGGUUACUGACGCACUUGAGGAAAAUGUUUCUCAUUCUGUGUUGACAGAAAUGUUAUUAUUCCAGUCCUUUUUCCCUUUACUAUUGGAAGCUUCUGCAUUACAGCAAAAGUCUAUGUGACUGAUUUUGUAUCUGUUGUAAUAUGUAAACCUUUUAAUCUCAGUAAGAAAUCCAGGCAGUGGUUGGAUAUUGAUAACAUCUUUAUUUGGGUGAAGUGUAGGCUUAUGUUGAGUUUCACACUAGGUUUUACAGCAGGAUUUAUUUAGGAGUUUCUUGUACAGUGGUAAAGCUCCUCACAUGAGGAAACAACAAACCCAGAGAUAUGAGGUCAGCAGCGAGAUGGGCCUCCACAACACAAACUCACACACUCUGACAUCUACAACCACCUUAAGCUUGACAUCAUGCAAUGCCUCUAAAUGUUGUGAGGAAACUGAAAUGUCUACAAGUUAAUCUGUCCCAUGGAAUGCUUAUUCUUUUCACCUGCAAACCAUGAGUAAACAUAUUUAUAUUCUUAUUAUUUAGAUUAUUUUAUCAUAGUGAACUGACUCCCUUGGGGAUAACAGCCAUGUGUGACGUCACUUUGGCUCUGUACAGUGACAGAUCUCUAAACACGCAGUACCUUUCGGCACUGAAAAAACAGAACAAAUCAUCACAAACAAGUACACACAA